UAGGAAGGAAGCAAUGAAGCAGCCUGGUAGGGACAAGCAAGUGGCUCACUCCAUUCUGUCAGUGUUUUGGUGGGAAAAAGCUGUAGUCCCUCAGAGUUGGGAGCGUUGAGAUGUAGGAUGCUGCCCUGCCUGAGUGGGGGAAAUUGAGUUACCUCGAUUGAACCUGUCCCUGUAGGGUCAGGUUGGACCAACAUAUGUUGUAGGGCAGAUGCAGGCCAUCCAACAGCACUUUGGUCAAUGCACCUUCUACUCCUGUCAGUAGAGCUGAGGUCUGUGGCUGUCUGUGCUGAGAACUGAACGUGUGGUUGCUGCCUCCAGUUUGGUGGUGGAAAAAGAUGUGGACCCAGAAACUACUCUGCUGACUUACCUACGAAGAAAAUUGGGACUAUGUGGAACCAAACUGGGCUGUGGGGAAGGUGGAUGUGGUGCUUGCACUGUUAUGAUAUCCAAGUAUGAUCCCUUCCAGAAGAAAAUCCUCCACUAUACUGCCAAUGCUUGCCUCUUCCCUAUCUGUGCUCUGCAUCAUGUAGCUGUAACUACUGUUGAAGGCAUAGGAAACACAAAGUCCAGGUUGCACCCAGCCCAGGAGAGAAUAGCAAAAAGUCAUGGGUCCCAGUGUGGCUUUUGCACUCCAGGCAUUGUUAUGUCCAUGUACACAUUGCUUCGAAACAAACCCAAACCCAAAAUGGAGGACAUAGAAGAUGCUUUCCAAGGGAACUUGUGUCGGUGUACAGGAUACAGACCCAUUCUGGAGGGAUAUAGGACUUUUGCUGUAGACUCAAAUUGCUCUGGCAGUAUAGCCAAUGGCACUGGAUGCUGUCGUAGUAAGGGAGAAAACAGCGUGAAUGGGGGCUGCUGUGGAGGAAAAGCCAAUGGCCCAGGCUGCUGCAUGAAUGAAAAAGAGAACAUGACAAUGAUGCCCUCCAGCCUGUUUGAUUCUUCCAAGUUCCAGCCAUUGGACCCUACACAGGAACCAAUCUUCCCACCAGAGUUAAUGACUCAGAGAAACAAGGAGCAGAAGCAGGUGUGUUUCAAAGGUGAACGCGUGAUGUGGAUUCAGCCUACAACUCUCCAGGAGCUGGUGGCACUCAAAUCCCAAUAUCCCAAUGCCAAGCUUGUUGUAGGGAACACUGAAGUGGGUAUUGAGAUAAGGUUAAAGAACAUGUUGUAUCCAGUGAUACUAGCACCAGCAUGGAUCCCUGAAAUGAAUGCUGUUCAGCACACUGAAACAGGGGUCACCUUUGGCGCUGCCUGCACUUUAAGCUCAGUAGAAGAGGUGCUGAGAAAAGCUGUGGCAGAGCUUCCUUCUUACAAAACUGAGAUUUUCCAGGCUGCCCUUGAACAGCUGCGAUGGUUUGCAGGGCCACAGAUCAGGAAUGUUGCAGCUCUUGGUGGGAACAUAAUGACAGCAAGCCCAAUCUCUGACUUAAAUCCUGUGUUAAUGGCAAGUGGAAGCAAACUGACUCUGAUAUCAAUGGAGGGCAAGAGGACUGUCACGAUGGAUGAGAAGUUUUUCACAGGAUACAGAAAAACUACAGUCAAACCUGAGGAAGUACUCCUCUCUGUUGAGAUACCUUACAGCAAGGAGGGUGAAUACGUCUCAGCUUUCAAGCAGGCUUACCGUAGGGAGGAUGACAUUGCUAUUGUGACCUGUGGGAUGAGAGUCCUGUUCCAACAUGGCACCAGCCGAGUGCAGGAGGUCAAACUAAGCUAUGGUGGAAUGGCUCCUACGACCAUCCUGGCACUAAAAACUUGCCAAGAGCUCGCUGGCAGAGACUGGAAUGAGAAGCUGCUGCAGGAUGCCUGCCGCUUGCUGGCAGGUGAGAUGGACCUGUCUCCUUCUGCACCUGGUGGGAUGGUGGAAUUCCGACGCACACUCACACUCAGCUUCUUCUUCAAAUUCUAUCUGACCGUCCUUCAGAAGCUGAGCAAGCACCAGAAUGGCCCUAGCAAUCCAUGUGAGCCUAUCCCCUCAACCUACGUCAGUGCUACUGAGCUGUUUCACAAAGAUCCCAUUGCAAGCACCCAGCUUUUCCAAGAAGUUCCCAGGGGGCAGUUGGUGGAAGAUACGGUGGGCCGGCCUUUGGUGCACGUUUCAGCAGCCAAACAAGCAUGCGGGGAGGCUGUUUACUGUGAUGACAUUCCACACUAUGAGAACGAGCUGUAUCUCACGCUGGUGACCAGCACCAAAGCCCAUGCUAAAAUCCUUUCUGUAGACGCAUCUGAAGCCCAGAGUGUCCCUGGGUUUGUGUGUUUUGUCUCUGCUAAGGAUGUUCCUGGCAGUAACAUCACUGGCAUCGCUAAUGAUGAGACUGUCUUUGCUGAGGAUGUGGUCACUUGUGUGGGUCACAUCAUCGGUGCAGUCAUUGCAGACACACAGGAACAUUCCAGGAGAGCAGCUAAAGCUGUGAAGAUUAAAUAUGAGGAGCUCAAACCUAUUGUCACAAUUCAGGAAGCUAUUGAGAAACAAUCCUUCAUUAAACCUAUAAAGAGGAUUAAAAAGGGAGAUGUGAAGAAAGGAUUUGAAGAAUCUGAUCACAUUUUGGAAGGAGAGAUGUACGUUGGUGGACAGGAGCAUUUCUAUCUGGAAACUCACUGUACUUUGGCUGUACCCAAGGGGGAAGAUGGUGAGAUGGAACUCUUCGUGUCAACCCAAAACUUAAUGAAGACACAGGAGUUUACUGCUAGAGCACUGGGAGUCCCAUCAAAUCGCAUUGUGGUUCGAGUGAAAAGAAUGGGUGGAGGAUUUGGAGGAAAAGAGACUAGAAAUACUAUUCUGACCACUGUAGUGGCUGUGGCAGCCUUCAAAAUUGGCCGACCUGUAAGGUGCAUGUUGGAUCGAGAUGAGGACAUGCUGAUAAGUGGUGGGAGACAUCCUUUCCUGGGGAGGUACAAGGUUGGUUUCAUGAAGAAUGGAAAAGUCAAGAGUUUGGAAGUGUCAUACUACAGCAACGGGGGCAACUCUGCAGACCUCUCUCAUGGUGUUAUGGAUAGAGCCCUGUUACAUUUGGAUAACUCCUACAACAUCCCCAAUGUCAGCAGCACUGGCUUUAUAUGCAAGACCAACUUGUCUUCCAACACAGCCUUCCGAGGUUUUGGGGGUCCCCAAGGAAUGAUGAUUGCUGAGUGCUGGAUGAGUGACCUUGCUCGGAAGUGUGGCCUACCACCUGAGGAGGUAAGGAAGAUCAACCUGUAUCAUGAAGGAGACCUGACUCAUUUUAACCAAAAACUAGAGGGAUUUACUCUACGGCGAUGCUGGGAUGAGUGUUUGUCAAGCUCUAACUACCAUGCCAGGAAGAAACUAAUUGAAGAAUUCAACAAACAGAAUCGCUGGAAGAAAAGAGGGAUGUGUAUUAUUCCUACCAAAUUUGGCAUCAGCUUCACUGUCCCAUUUCUGAACCAGGCUGGAGCUCUGGUCCAUGUGUAUACAGAUGGCUCUGUGUUACUUACGCAUGGUGGGACUGAGAUGGGUCAAGGACUUCACACCAAAAUGAUCCAGGUUGCUAGCAGGUCGCUGGGAAUCCCUACCUCCAAAAUUUACAUCAGUGAGACCAGCACAAACACUGUCCCUAAUACUUCCCCAACAGCUGCAUCUGUCAGUGCCGACAUCAACGGGAUGGCUGUCCAUAAUGCAUGCCAGACCAUCUUAAAAAGACUUGAGCCAAUCAAACAGUCUAAUCCCAAGGGGUCCUGGGAAGACUGGAUUAAAACCGCCUACGAGAACUGCAUUAGUCUGUCAGCUACAGGAUUUUAUAGAAUUCCUGACGUUGGCUACAACUUUGAAACGAAUGAAGGGAAGCCAUUCCACUAUUUCAGUUAUGGUGUUGCUUGCUCUGAGGUUGAGAUAGAUUGCCUGACAGGUGACCACAAGAACGUCCGCACAGACAUUGUUAUGGACGUUGGCACCAGCCUGAACCCAGCCAUAGACAUAGGGCAGAUAGAAGGAGCUUUUGUCCAAGGUAUUGGGCUCUUCACCAUGGAGGAGUUGCGCUACUCACCUGAAGGGAACUUGUACACUCGAGGGCCUGGGAUGUACAAAAUCCCGGCGUUCGGAGACAUCCCAACAGAAUUCUACGUGUCUCUUCUCCGUGACUGCCCCAACAGCAAGGCAAUUUAUUCAUCCAAGGCUGUGGGAGAGCCGCCUCUGUUCCUGUCUGCUUCAGUGUUUUAUGCCAUUAAAGAUGCUAUCUACUCAGCAAGGAAAGACUCUGGUGUGACGGAACCAUUCAGGCUGGACAGCCCUGCCACCCCAGAGAGGAUCCGCAAUGCCUGUGUGGACACCUUCACGAAAAUGUGCCCUUCUGCUGAGCCAGGGACCUUUAAGCCGUGGUCUGUGCGUGUGUAAAAGGAAAGUUGGAGGAGCAAACUCUCCUUGUGAAACCAGUCUUACAAUGGAGAGACCACAAAGCACUGGGGAAAAAAAAGUUCCAUGUUCGUGUGGCUCAUCUACUGUGAUUCAUAGAAUUUUCAUGUUUAAUUGCUCAAACGCUGUUUCUCUCUUAGAGAGGAGAUUGCUGCCAGAUUAUAGCUGUGAUGUAGAUUUGAAUGAAGAGUAAAGUGGAAGGUGAUGUUAUCCAGGUGUAGUUGAAAACUACACUACAUUUAAUUUAGAGUUGUUGCACAGAUGGGAGACGCUCUUACUGCCAGAUGAGAUGAAGCAACGUGGUUAUUGUUUUGGAGUUGUUUUAAAUUGUGGGAAGAGAAUUAUCACCUUGUCACUCUCUGCUGUUAUGCCAAGAAGGACUUAAAAGCACUGAACCCAGACAGUGCUCUAAUGGAGACAGGAAAAGGCAUGAGGGGCACUGAAGGCUGGACCCUACAGCACAACAGCUAGAUAUACGCCAGAGGAAAAUAAGAACACUGAUGUUAGCUUACUGUGAUGAAGGUUGUGUGUAUAUUAUGGCAGUGGUUCAGAGGGAGACCUUAAAAUGUGACCAAUAGCUGAUUUAUCCAAAGUUACAUGAGGAUUGCUUUGUCUGUGACAAAGCUUUAAUGAAAUCUUAGUUCAGGUGCUACUUGUCUUCUCAGUCUAAAGAUAAGAGCUCAAGAUGCCAAGACUUCUAGCAAGAUGUUGAUUCAUUUGGCACGUUCAGCCUAUUUCCUCCACAUUUCUCCCUCACCUCUUAAACAGCAGAGGACAUCAGAGAAAGGACCUUGGAGUCAUAAAAUGGUACUGAUCAUUGUUCCCAUGGGAACGUGUACCAGCCAGGGUGAGGGUCUGGACAAAGCUGGGGGAUGAGUUGGCUCUGGGCAUUCUCUAGGGUCAGUCUCUUACUUUCAUGCCAUGGCCUUGCCACCUUUUCAAGACAACCCUUAGUUUUGCUGAAUGUGAAGAAAUGUUGUAUGUUUUGCAGAAAGGAUUGCUUGUCCAAAAAAAGGUGCUGAUUAUGUGAUGAACUCAUGGUGUGUUUUGGGAUGAAUGCAUUUUUUGGUAUUGGAUGGGCAUUCCUCUGCACAGGUUUUGUCAGUCAGAUUUAACAUGGCAGCAUGUUUUCUCUAGAUGAUGCCAUGUACUGUACCUCCUCAUCAUGUGCAAGCUUCCUCUGGCCCACAGCUCUAUGAAAAUGUCCUUUUCCUAUGCUAGCACUCCUAGGGCCAUCAAUAAAUACUAUGUGAAAGAACGCAACUCCAUUGUCUUAAAUAAGAAUUUGCUUACGUGUGUCCCACUUAAAAAUUGGCCUCUGUCUUAGGACUUAGUCUGAAGCACUCCAGGACAUACAGUUUGGAAAUAUGUGGGUGUAAUUCUCAGUUCUAAUUGCCAGUUUUCACAGGGUUGUUAAGGCCUAUCUCAUGCUCUCAUGUUUGCCUUGGCAAACAGAGGCUGGACUCUAAAGCCAUGCUGCUGCUUUAAAACAAAACAUGAUAUGGAAUUAGGAGAAGUGUCGUAGUGUAGGUUGUAGUCUAACAGCCACUUAAGAAGAUUUUAUUUUAAUCUACAGAAUCUGAGAGGCAUCUUUUGUAGUCAACAGGGCAACAUGUUCCUUGUCUGCAGUUCCAGCUAUUCGAAAUACUAUUCCUGCUCUCGUUUUUAGGUUAGCAAAAUGGGUGUUCUACCAACACCAACAAGUAGAAAAAAGAGCAGUUCCAUCUGUCUCUAUGCAGAGAACAGGAAAAAGAUUUGUAACCUGCUUCAUAAUAAUAUAUUUGUUUGAAUCUCUGUGCACAGGCUGUAUUUUGUUGGUAGGUGAAAGAGAAGUAAGAAUAAGCAUUCAGUAGGUCAGCUAUUGAUAUGAGAGUCUGAGCAAGCAACUGCAAGAUUCACAACAGUAAUUGCAAGAGUCAGUGGCCACUGCCUGCCUGAAAAUGAAGGUUGAUUGCAGUGGUAGAUAUCAAUGCCAUUGCUUUGAGCAUACAUUAAUAAACACAAAACAGAAGUGGUGGUUUUUUUUGUCUCUUGUGGAAAGGACAGGUAAUCAACGUCUUUGUGUCCUCAGCUCUGGCUGAACUUUGUACUUGGGUUAAAGACUGAACGAAUGGAGCCGCCCUCCUCUUGCCAUGCACUCUUGCCAACUUUGUGAGGAUAGGAGUGGGUCUGGGAAAUGGGCAGGACUCAGCAGGUUAGACUUCAGCAAGCAUGAACUGCUAUGGAUCCACCUUUGCAAGCUGCAGAGUGGUGAGGAUGAACAUGCAUCUUGUCAUGUUUUACCUGAUUUGUGACAGGAUUGAGUUUCAGAUGCACCAUGGAAAUAAAUUCUAAGUUUCUGAAAUGGUACCUAGCACUCUAGGAGGCUGUGGGUGAAUACAAAAGGCUACACAGUGUUACAAAUGUGUAGAAAAAGCUUUACUUCUUUGACUUUGAAAUUCAAAACAGUCAGGAAGUAGGUGUUUCACAAAGUAUCUGUCAAUUACUUUCAAUGCUUCCCUGACAUAAAAUCUUUUGCCAAUUCUCAAAAUGCUUGGGCUUACAUAGGAACAGUAGCAUGGUUCUUUUUUUCUGUUUGACAUGUAGAUGCACCUGGAUAAGCCUUCAUCCAUGUAGUAGCAAUAACCAACAGCCAUGUGCUCACAAUGCCAUCCCUUAUGCAGAACAAAUUUGCCUUAUAUUGGCAUCAUGCUGCUCCUUGGUUUUGUUUUUUCAAAUUUAAACUGAUUUUAGGAAGUUUUGCUUUGAAAAGAACUUGGUAGUCUCAACAAACCUUUCCCUGCAAGAGCAGUGAUAUCUACUUUCAAAUGACUAUUUUAAAUCUUGCUGCAUUUAUUUUCUUGGCAUUAACCUGUGAGGUUAGAAAUAAAUCAAAGUGCUCAUAAACUUAACUGUUUGUACUUGGAAUUUGGAAUCCAAGUUUGUGGUAGAUGCUCUUUAUUUACUGUUUCUUCUCCUAUCAAGUGACCUGACAUGUUUCAAUAUACAUUCUAAAGCCUGAAUAAGACGUGACAUUUUUAUGUAUUCUACUCUGUAUUUCUUCAUUUGAGUGCACCCCCAGUGAGUUUGCAGAUGACAACACUUUAGGAGGAAAUGUUGAUCUGCCUGAGGGUAAGAAGGCCCUACAGAGGGAUCUGGAAGCCUGGGUCAAAGGGGUGAGGCCAGUGGGAUGAGCUGGUCCAAGCGCUGGUCCCAGGUAACAGUGGUACGAUAAAAGAUCAAGGCUUUAAGUUGGGCUGGGGGGAAGGUUCAGGUUGGGUGUUAAGAACAAUUCCUUCUCCCAGAGAGCAGUGAGGCAGUGGCACAGCUGCCCACGGAAUGGUGGGGUCACCUGGAGGUAUCCUAGAGCUGUGGGGGUGUGGUACCUGAAUGGUGAGGGUGGGCUGGGGGUUGGACUUGGAUGAUCAUGGCCCCCUCAUAUAGUGCUCACCACCCCUAUAUAAUGUGCCCCCAUAUGGCUCUCUACCCAUCCUAUACAACAACCCUAGUAUAGUGCUUGCUGCUCCCCUGAUAUAAUGCCCCUGUAUAGUUCUUGUUUCUCUAUAUAACAUCCCCAUGCAUAGUGCUCACCUCGUGUUCUGUAUGAUGUCCCCCAGUGUUCCAUUCCCUAUGUAAUGCCCCAACGUACUGUUUGUUCCACCUCCCAAAUAAUGUCCUCCAGUAUACUGCUUGCCAUCUCAUCACACAUAAUGCUUCCCUGUAUGUAUUGCCACCCCCAAUACACAAUGCCCCCUCACAUAUUGCUUGCCUCCACCAUAUAACCUUUCACAGUUUACUGCUUAUCCCCUCCACAGCACCCCUUGUAUAAUGCUUAUGCGCUCCCAUAUGAUGCCCCCAUAUACUCCUCACCCUACCUAUGUAACAUCCCCCCCACCCAAGCAGUGCUCUACCCUCUCCAACAUAACACCACCCCACAUAGCUCUCCGUAACCUUAGAGCUAGAUGAUGCAACCUUUGACCUUUUGUCCAUUGGCUGUGUCUCCAUGACUUUUUGACCAUGACCCUACGGCAUUCGAUGUUUUGACCUUGAUCUGGAAUGUUUUGACCUCAACCCCCAUGACCUUCCUUCUCUGCUGUGAAAGCAAUACAAGCCAGUUAAAAUUUUCAAAGUGGAUGAAAGGAAAAGUGAUAAGAUAUGCUGCUUUUCUCCCAACGUGCCUCAGAAUAGACGUUAAACAGGAGCUCCUUUGCUCAUUUACCCUGGAGCCCACUUUCCCAGAUUUAUGGUUAGUGAUUUAGAUAUUUCCAAAAAUCAUCCAACAUCUGCAUUCUAAAAUUUGAUCACCUCUGAAAUUCAAGUCCUUCCUAAGUGGGGAAAACUCGAGGUUUAAGUUAAAGCAAUGGAGAAUGCAUGCAAAGACUCCAAACUCAGGUUUAGAGAAUAUCUCUCCAUGUCCUACUGCAGCGAUGAUAAAAAUAUGAAAUGCUCACAAAUACAAAGCAUUAAAAUUUAAUACAGAAUUUGCUGAAUAAUUAGUAUUUUGUUUGCUUUCUUGCUCCAAUAGCUGAAUCAAACUAUUUUGUGUCACUAUAUAAAACCCUUGCAUUUUUAGAAAAUGUGUUUUCUUUAUAUAUAAUCAACUCACUUGAAACAUCAGUCUGAGGAUGUUCAGCUGGGUGGGAAGAGCAACAAGACUUAAUACUCUAGGUCUGCAAGUAUUUCUCAGUAUUCUAUUGCAUAAAUCUGCUCUCUUAAGCACAAAAGAAAAAAAAAA